AUGACGGCCAACGGGCACGUGGACAUGAGAGGUACCUUGGCUCCUCCCAUAAUUAUGCGAACGGCGGCCACGCCCAUGCCGACGCCCAAGAGCUCACUGGGCGCCGAGUCGGUCCUGGGGUCGGGGAUUAUCUUUGGAGAGGCGGGGCCUUGCUUCGGAGAGGCGGGGCAAGGACCCCUGACCUCCACGUGGUUCGAGCAUGUGUCCAUGCUGGUGAUCCUGCUCAACUGUGUGACACUGGGGAUGUUCCAACCCUGCGAAGACGUCACCUGCCAGACGGACUGGUGCCUCAUCUUACAGGUUUUGGACGACUGCAUCUUCGCCUUCUUCGCGGUGGAGAUGGUCAUCAAGAUGAUGGCCCUGGGGAUCUUCGGCUCCAAAUGUUACCUCGGCGACACAUGGAACCGGCUUGACUUCUUCAUCGUCAUGGCAGGGAUGAUGGAGUAUUCUCUGGACGGUCACAACGCCAGUCUCUCCGCCAUCCGUACGGUCAGAGUGCUCCGUCCACUCAGAGCCAUCAACAGAGUGCCCAGUAAGUGCAGCCUCCCCCCCCCCCCACCCCCCCCCUCCAAAGCUGCAUUACCCAGAAUGCUUCAUGUUUAAUAGGAAAUGAGCUACUUAAGGGAAAUGAAUCCCUGCACGCUGUGGUAAUAUAUUCCGGAGAUGACCUAUGCAACGGGUGAGCUCUGUGACUCAUCACUUGAAUGUGUUUUUCUGCGGUGUGUAAUGUCAAUCUUUUCACGCAAGUUGUCAGACCCGCGUUCUUUCAAGUGAAGUCCGAGGACCCAGGUUUUAAAAUAACACUGAAAUGAUCAGCCCACUCAAAAGAGGAACAGGA